AACACUAAGCGCGAGUGACAGACAGUGUAGAGUUUCUGAUGUGAAAGUUGGCUUUGCUCUCUCUAAAGUUAUUACAGCCGGUAUUUGAGGAAUCAGUUUCAACCAAAAACCGAUCACAUUCUUCAAGAAAGAAAACAGAGGAGAAAAAACAAACAAACGUGAUAUAAUUCUGAUAUUAUUACAAACGGAAAGUACAUUUGUAAGUCGCACGUGUUAAACAGAGGAAGAUGUUCAGUACUGCUAAUUACUUAUCAUCGCCAAGAAACAGACUUGCAAUGAUUUUGUUUCAGUGGAUCUUGAAGAUUGUUGUAGUGGCUUUCUGGCCCUCGGCGGCUACAGCUUCAUCAAUUCUGAUAAAAGCAUGUACCACUGGAAAAUUGACUUUACAAUGCCACGGUUUUACUAACGUGAGGACAAUCACUUUUAUUCAAUGGAGGAUACGAUUUGGUGACAACAGUAAAUUGAAAAUCUGUUAUCAUUGCUUGAUGUCCGACGAUGGGUGCACAGACAAAGGGUGCGCUCCCGAAGGAUUCAAGGUACUAUCCGUUUCUAAAAAAAACAUUACCAUAGAGCGCUCCGAAGAAAACGGUCCGAUAAAUCAUGUCCAGAUAUCAUGUGAAGUGAAUCGUGACUCCUCUACAGCUAGUGAUAGCUAUGAGAUCAAGUUUACUGUUAAGUGUGUAAGGGCUGUGGAAGGGAGAGAUCUUAACUUCACAAGAAUCCUACAGGAGAUGGUUUCAUGUGAACGCGUGAGCACAGUGAAUUGGAUUCUCAAUGAAAGUAAAUUUGCCUGCUGUGACUCAUGUCAAUGUCCCACAAAUCAUUGUGAGAGAGGAUCCGAUGGCCAUAGCGACGAAGUCAGUUUAGAUUUUAGGAGAAGAUUAGGAUUUACGGGAGGUGUAAUAAUACUGACCUACAUUCAGGGUAAUGAUAACAGAAGGGAGAUUAACGUCACAUAUGACAUUGAAGAAGACUCUGGUGCGAAGAGAUCAGUCGGGCCGAGGACGAUACGUAUUUUGGUCGAGAACGCUCGACAUUUUUCGUCGUUUGUAGUCACGAAUACUGCUACCCUGGUAAUGUCCACUUCUCCUAAGUCUUUAUCUCGAAGCUGUGUAUCCAGUAUAUCGUCCACCAUCAUUUACCCAGAGCAUGUAGAACACAAACCGACGAGCGGUGCAUUAGCCACGAACACACCUGUGCUGCCGAUAUUGACGGUGAUUACAGUAAUCAUCUCUGCAUUAAUUCGAGAUGACAAAAAAGUCCACCACGAGGGAUGUCAGAAUGAAGUGAACUAGUAGAGAGGCUUUUAUCGACGUACCUCUCAGUUCCUCGAUCUUUUUCCUCUCAAUUUUGAGGUAGUCGUGCAAGAUGAACUUGUAUUUUGGCACGGUUCAAAAUAACUUGUUUACCGCGGAAAGUUGCCGACGGUAGUAGUUGCGCAUGGUUUAAAGCAAUGGCUGCCUUCGUGGACAAUUCCUUGCUUGAUGUACGCGAAAGAAAUUCGAUGGCUAUUACGCCCAAUAUAUCAGCAGGGAGAUAUUUUCCUCGCCUAAACUUGAUUGACAUAUUGUGCGUGUAAACGAUAGAUCGUCUUUCGUUAUUUUUGCAUUUAGCGCACUACAUACAAUAUUACAGCAUACCACGAAUUCUGCUGCGAUUUUAAUGAUUUCCAUCAUAGUAAGGAAUGGUAAAGAAUUGACUUCUAAAGUUUUAUUAAGGGCACCAAGAUGGACUUGGCAGAUGUUUAUUCAGAAGGAUAAGACAAAAUUAAUUAAAUUUUUGAAAAUCGCCACACGUGUGUUCGGUUACACACGUGUGUUCGGUUAUCCUCAGUUCGUUUGAUGUUAAGAUCGUGGCUUUUUUGAGAGAGUUUGGAGACCUUUUCUGGGAGAUUUCUUUUAACCUCGGAGAUCAGUUUAAAUGGAAGUCAUAACCGUGUAACUUUCAACUUUCUUUUCCCUUUGCGGAUUUACUUGUUAUUCAUUUCAUUUACUUAUAUAAUGCAAUUUUUAAUUUUCGCCGCGUUGCUGUAAAUGGCAGAACUAGCCUAAUUAAUAAUGCUAAUAGGACCGAGUGGAGUCCGGUUCGGUUUGUAAUCAUACGAGUGAUGAACAAAAUCGGACGACUGCGAAGCAGGAGUCGGAUUUGUUAAUCACGAGUAUGAUUACAGACAGAAUUGGACGACAAGAAAUCCUAUUACCAAUUAAUCAUAACCACUUCAAUUUCCGAAAAAAAAAAUACACCUAGAAGAAAUAUCUCCAGUGGAGACAGUCUUUAGUUAAAUAUUCUUCCAUUUGGGAAAUUGCCUUGCUUUUCUUUCGAUAAGUGGUUGUUGCUAUGGUUACUGUGAUCAAUUUUGUGAUUGGUGGAUUUAGCCGAGUAGACCUAGUAUGAUUGGCUGCUUCAACUGUCCGAUUACAGGUGUCCGAUUACAGCCAACUGUCCUAUUACACUGUCCGAUUACAAUUGUACAGAAUGAAUAGUGAAAAAUGAAGCAGCUGAUGCAUCAAUCACAUUUGAGGAAACUGUAAUGGUAAUGAUUAAUAAAGAAAUUGGUAGUCCUCGCGUAGCCAUUUAUAUUAGAUGUGGUUGAACUGGCCAAUUCAGUGCCUUGCGCUACGCUUCACAACACUGUCAACGCGACGCAAAAUGUGUGACAAAUGAAGAAAUAAAUGAAUUUAAGUCGUACAUUCUCUUCCUA